AUGAGGGUCGUCAUCUGCUUUGGUUCCUCCUGUGAGCAUUUUGACAUCCCUCCCAAUCAGACUGUGGGGGCCUUAAAGCAGAUGGUUAAGGAUAACUUCCUGGUACAACUAUCAGAUGACAAGCAGCACCAGUACCUGGAGCUGAGCUACGGCGGUGCAGCACUAGAGGAGAACUGGGCUCUGUGCGAUGUGGGCAUCACAAGGGGCAGUGCCAUCCGAUGCCUGAUAAAGAGUGAACGAAGGCCUGUGAUGCGUGUAUUCAAUGCUGUGACAAGAAAAAGUCUACCAAUUAUGGGCAGUGAGGCACUUAUGCAUAUUUCCGUGGCUAGAUUGAAAUCCGAGGUGUCCAUGCAAAGCGGCCUCCCUGUCAGCACUUUCAGACUGAGCACACCUGCAGGUGUACAGCUCUAUGACUGCAACCUACUGCAAGACUACGCCAUUGUAGUGGGCACUACUCUCUGUUUGGAUACCUGGGACGGUUGGACUGAGUUCCUCCAGGGUUGCCUGCUGGGCCACAAACUGACCGUCCAGAUCCACCUAUUGGAGAAGAAGCCGUUAAUGAGAUUUCAGCUGCAGGUGGCACUGUACAUCACUGCCUCUUUUGGUCACCUGGAUCUGGCAGGCUGGCUGCUGGAGAGAGGGGUGCAUGCUGAGAAACCAGUUGGGGUCCAUCCGUACCGCCAGUGGUGCCAGCAAACCGCCCACAGAGACACCGGAAAGUGUCCCAUCCACAUAGCUGCAGAGCGCAACCAGCUCCUCAUCCUCAAACUCUUCAUCACCAAUAAUCUUUUGAGCUUGACUUGUAGGGACCCUGGAGGUCAGGAUCCUUUGAAAGUCGCUAUUCAGCACGGUAGCUGGGGUUGUGUGCAAUACUUAGCAAACAAGCUGUGCUCAGUAGUGUCCCUGUCAAACAUGUCCCUGCCAAUGCAAAUUUACCUCCAGAUAAAACGCUGGGUGAGUUUGGGGCAGAAAAGGGCAGCCUCCAAUCAAUGCCAGUACAGUGCUGCUUUCAAAGCCACGGUGGGGGAUAAGCUGCUGGUAGAUGGUUUCUACCAGCCAUACAUGUCUUCCAAAUCCAGGAAAACUGUAACAAAACCAAGCAGCUGAAUCAAGGCCAAGGCUUUGCAAUCCUCGCCUCCCAUCAGCAACUUACUUUCACAGCUCUCCAGUCAAGGUGACUUUAAAGAGAUGCAAAAAGAGCGGGAACAAGAUGUGGAAAGUAAGAAAGCUUGUCUAUUGGAUGGAAUCUGCCAGGAUAAUAGCAGCUUAUGCAGAAGGAAAUUUAUACUGCCACAUAUUUCCAAACACAGUGUUCCCAAGCAAAGAUCUUCCCAUAUUCUGACUGCGUCUCUGACGUCUGGCACAACACCAAGAGAAAAUGCCAUAUACUGCUUGACCAUAGCCAGUAACUUUACAGAAAAGCUGUGGCUGAAGCAGCUCAGCAUUGCCCGGACCCUAAUAAAGAAGCGUCUCUAUACUAUGGCCUGAUCGAGAUAUGUUUACCAUCAGCCAAACUGCUGAUGGAUCUCCCAUCAGCUGCAUCUACAACUGUGGACAACGAAGAAUCCUUCUGAGUGACAACUGAAGAGUGCAUCUCAGGCUUAAUGCGUUAUUGAAAUGAAACCUCUCUGUCUUUGUGUAUUUAUAGCAAAGUAUCUGCCUUCUAUGGCUUUUUACAGAAAUAGAGAUUGAUAGACAUCAUAUGCUCAG